AUGACUCUACAUAUAAAUCAAGAGAGAUUGAUACACUUCAUCAAAUACCAUCAGCUUUGGGGAAUCGUGGAGCCUAGAUUCGGUUAUUGGAGAAUCAAUAUGAAGUACCUGUGGAUUGCAUUUUUGAUUGCGGCCGUUGCUGCACAGGCGCUAGGCAAGCAUGUCUCUGAAGAAUAUGAAUAUCUCAUGACUGAAAAUGGCAAAGUUGGCUUAUUUGAUGCAGACUCAAGGUCUCCUCGACAUCUCAGGAGCUACACCUCACAGUUACACACCUUCCUCGAUGUAAAGCUGAGAAAACUCUUGAAGGAGGGCAAUGCUACCUUGGGAGUCCCCAUUAUGGAUCCACUCGACAAGCCGGAAUUGGCUAUUGAACUCGAUGAGAAGAAGGCAAAGGUCAAUGUAUCUAUCAAUAAUCUGCACGUUGAGGGCCUUACUGAUUACAAAGUGGAUACGGCUAAGGUCAGUAUCUUUCCGACGAAAAUAACCGUCGGGCUCACGUUCCCGGAGAUCAAGCCUAGUGGAAAAUACUCGGUGAAAGGAGUGGUUAUGGAUGGUGUUAAUGUCUAUGGAGAUGGAGAAUUCCAAGUAAAUAUUAAAAACUUCUCAGUCCAGACAGUAGUCGCUGUAAGUCUCGAAAACGGAAUCAAAGUCAAGUCAAUUAAACUUGAAAUCUCCCUGGGAGGUCUCGAGCUCAAAGCCACUGGAAUUUUCAACGACGAGAACACCUCUAUCCUUCUCAGUGAAAUCAUCUCGGACAUGGCACCACAACUGAUUUCGGACUACCAUGACGAGAUAACUACUAAUGUUUCUGCAUUUCUCGUUGAGAUUGCCAAUGUUUUUCUUAAUGGAAAACAUAUCAGUGAUAUCACCGCAAUCCUCGGUUGAUUAAUUUGAUCGCUAGUACUUAAUACAAUUUUGUACAAAAUAAUACUUAUAUUCAUUUUUUGUAUGUA